UAAAGUUCAGUGUGAUUAAAAGUGUUGUUAGCAUGGAUUCAUCAUCCGAUGGUUCUCUAGACGAGGAGGAAGUAUUCAAGAAUUUUGAUAACGAAGCUCAAGUCAUUGUACGUAGUGGUUCACUUGCAAAAAAAUCUGCUGAUCGGUAUCUGUUAGUUUAUAACACAUACCAGGCAUGGAGAGAAGAUAAUAAAAAGUCAUUAUCAAAGAAUGAAGAGAAUAAUUUGAUUGUUUAUUUCGAGGGGUUAAAAUCAAAACUCUCACCACCGACUUUGUGGAGUAUAUGGAGUAUGUUGAAGAAAACUCAUUUGAUAAAAACGAACGCAAAAGGUUACAGACUUCGAAAAGCUUUUGUGCUGAAAUGGGAACAAAUUAUGGAAUUUAUGAAUACAGCCCCAGAUUAUGAUUAUUUAGCGAAAAAGGUUAUACUUAUUUUCGGAAUUUGCGGUUGCAUGAGAUGUUUCGAAAUUAGUAAUCUUCUACAAGAAAAUGUUGAGGACUUGGGAGAUAAGAUUCUGGUUACGAUUAAUGAUAAUAAGAAUGAUUAUCCGGAAGUGAUUAACAAUCCUGGAACUAGCUCCGGAGUUCGCUCGUUACCUUUGGUGCAGGACAUUAGCAACUCAGGAACUAACUGUCAUGAUAAACACCCAGCUAGUUUGCAGACGAUUAAUAAUCCCGAAACCAAUUCUCAGCAUAAACUAUCAAAUAGUACCCAGGUGAUUAAUAGCCCUGGAACCGAGUCUCGAAAUGAACAGUCAACCGAUGCGCCGGCGAUCACCAACGCUGAAACUGACAACGAUGAUUUUCAUGUCAAUUGGGAUGACUUUGAAGAGGACUUUACUGUUGACAAUGUUAAUUCGAUACAAGAUCGAAGUGUAAAAAGUGGUUUUACAACUGCCAGGAACAAGACAAUACUGAUACCAGUAAUAAAUCAAAGUGACAUAAAUAAUAAUACAAAACAAUUGUUUACCAACAAGACAGCGGUGAAAUUAAAUUUUAGUCAUCAAGAGAAAAGUUACCAAGCGUCAUUAAAAAAAACACAAAACAAUGAUAAACACACUAUUCGCACUAAUAAAGACACGGCUUCCAUAAUGGAGAAAGGAGGGUUAAAAUUAGAACAUUGCACCUUAAAUAAUUGUGUUUUCAACCUAAAUUUA